AUGCUAGGAAAUGGUACCAUUGACCUUGUCAGUGGCAUGAGCUAUAACCAUGGAAAAGGCUAUUUCUAUUGCCUUAUAACGUGGUUUUCAAAUGCGUUGACAUGUUGGAAGGAUAAGGGGAGAGAUGUUGUUGGAAUACUUGCAGAGGCUAUAACAUGUAUCCAAAACAUGUUAUGGCUACUACUAGACACUCCAGCAUUGGGUUUGCCCUUGUCCAUCCAACAGAGUGAUUUUAAAGCCUUAGCUCAUUGCAUUGAAAUCCACAUCAUCAGGCAAGAGAAAUAG